UUCCCAUGAUCCCAUCCUCAUUCUCGUUCUCCACUCGCGCUUGUUGCGUCUUCGUCUCCUCUCCUUUGUCGCCUCAACCUGUCCAAGCUCGCAAUCACAAUGCCUCCCCACCGUUCACCAUCCGCUUUCUCCACCAUCCACGGCAAUGACCCCCCCGCUCCAUUCUCACCCGAGGCCCUCAACAUGAUUCUCGACCCAGACAACCGCGACAACCGCGCAAAGUUCAAAAGGUACAUGGCAGACAACCGCGACCUCUUUGUUCCCCGCUUCGACAUCCCCUUGGCCGAGGAGCGCGACCGCGCCUUCGCUCGUCUUCAGUCCGUCGCACGUCAGGGCUUCAUCUCGGUCCUCGACUUUGAACGCAACCCGCUCAACGUGUUUGCCGCCCACGAGCUGCUCGGCAUGGUCGACGGCGGCGGCGCAACCAAGAUGACCGUCCACUUCAAUCUCUUUGGCGGAACGUUGCUCAAGCUCGGCACAGACCGCCAUCGCCAUCUCCUGCCCGAGAUCGACCGCCUUGACUCUACGGGUUGCUUCGCGUUGACAGAAUUAUCGUACGGCAAUAACGCGGUCAUGAUGGAGACGACGGCUGUUUACGAUCCUAAGACGCAAGAGUUCGUUGUCGACUCACCCACACCCAAGAGCCAGAAGUACUGGAUCAGCAACGGGGCCAUUCAUGCGCGCUACUGCAUCGUGUUUGCGCAGCUAAGCGUUGGUGGCAAGCAAGAGGGUGUACAUGCACUCCUUGUGCCAAUCCGUGACAAGAACCUCAAGGUGCUUCCCAAUGUCACCAUUCGCGACAUGGGUCGCAAGCAGGGUCUCGAUGGCGUCGACAAUGCCCUCCUGGCAUUUCACAAUGUCCGCGUUCCUCGCGAGAACCUUCUCAACCGUUACUCUGAGGUCGACGAGUCUGGUUCUUUCUGCUCCAAGAUUAGUAGCCGUCGCGGAAGGUUCAUCAAAGUUGCCGAUCAGCUGUUGUCUGGCCGCCUCUGCAUCGCCGCGAUGACUCUCAGCUCGGCCAAGUCCUCGCUUACCAUCGCCAUCCGGUACGCAGCCACACGCCUCGGCGUUGGCCCGAAGGGGCUCUCGGACACGCCAAUCCUAAACUACCAAUUGCAGCAACGCGCGCUCAUCACCAUCCUCGCACGCACGUAUGCGUUGAGUAUGGGCAUGAAUUAUGUCAAGGCCUUCUGGGCCGACCCCAAUAGCGACCCAGAGGACGUCGUCCGCAAGGUUUGCGUCAUCAAGCCGCUCGUCACCUGGCACGCUGAGCGUACUGGCUCGAUCUGCCGCGAGCGCUGUGGCGGGCAAGGGUAUCUCGCAGCGUCGCGCCUUGCGGGCACCAUCUCCUUCGCGCACGCUGGCAUCACGGCUGAGGGCGACAACUCGGUGCUGAUGCAGAAAGUCGCCAAGGAGCUUCUCGCCGGCGUCGAGGCCGGCAAGGUCAAGCUACCUACCGGCGCAGCCGCGUCAGGCGACAUCACUGACCCACAUGUGCUCGCCGAGCUCAUCAGGGCAUUCUCACACCGUUCCCUUUCUGAACUCGGUGCCUCGCUCGCCCGAAAGCUCGGCAAAGAGCGCCGCCCCCUCUUCGAGGUGUGGAUGGGUGAGGAGAGCGUAGCCAUCCAGCGCGCCGCCGCAGCCUAUGGCGAGCGCCUGUGUAUGGACGAGGUGAUCGUCCAGAUGGAGAAAGCCGACCCUACAACGCGCAAGGUCCUCGCCCGCGUCGCGACUGUACACGCUCUCGCCGUCGUCGAGCGCGAGCUGGGCUACCUCAUCACGCACAAGCUUGUCCCUACCGACAUCGCGGCCACGGUGGAGGAUCGUCUGUCUAUGGCCGUUGCGGACCUCGCGCCGGACGCUAUCCCCCUCGUCGCUGGAUUUGGCAUUCCAGAGGAGCUGCUUUACGCGCCCAUCGCGAUUGACUGGGAGCGAUACAACGAAUACGACAAUCACGGGGAGCUGGUCUCGGCAAAGCUUUGAGGCGAUGUGAUGUGAGGGACAUGCCGGGGUUAUCGUGGACAAAACGAGCCUAAGUGCAGUUGUAUCAGGAUGAGUGAAUGAACGAAUGGCAGUA